UGCGGGUCUCUGAAAAGUAGACGCUUUUCGAAAAACGACGCGCGCUCCACUAAACCACGUAAAAUUUUUCAGAAGUGCAGUGAAAACACCGCCCGGUGCCGAUAGUGCGGAAAUGUGGUGGAGGACUAUGGCGAUGCUGGCGGCGCUUGCCGUCUCCGUGGACGUCUGCGUCUCGGCCCCCCCGGCCAACUCCACGGCAGACGUCGAGGCGACCCUCGAGCGGUUCCUCAACGCCUACUACGACCGCUACCUGAAGAAGCGGGUGGAGGAAGACAUCAGGCCCGCGAGAGCCGAGGACGACACUGAGGAUGAUCCGUACGAAACGAUGCAGGGGGACCAGCCCGUGGAGAACAACAUAGGGUCGAGGCCCUACGGGCUGAACUCUACCGUGCUGUACAGGAGCAACUUUACGGAUCAGAUCCAGUACAUCGAGGCUACCAGGAACAGACGGCGCAGGCUAGAUUUAAACGAAAGGACUAAGGAGAAUUUCAUCUUGUUCCUGAAGAAGAACCUCAUGGACCACCUGGGCAGGGGCAACUUCUCCAUGCCAAAACACAACGACUCCAGGUUGAUGUCUAUAAACAUAUCCGAGAUCAUGCCGCAAUUCCUCAAUUCUUCCAAUCUGUACAACGAUGAGAUAACGGAGAAGAUACGCAGCUUCUAUCCCUCUUGUGAACUUCCAGUGAACACGGAUCAGGACGCCUGGAAGGACGACCACGUUAUGAACCUGUUCUUCAACUUCAACUUCGACUAUAUCUCCAACGACAAGAACGCCAACAUCGCCACAGCCACCUUGAGGUUGUACAGGCUGCCAGACAACGGUACUCAGUUCAAUUCUAGGGAUGGAGACUGUGACAACUUGAACUCUACCGAGGACGAAAGGCUUCUGAGGGUGUCCAUCUACUGGUACACCAAAUCUUUGAAGAAGAGGCGAGUUAGGCGACGUUUGGCCGAUAGCAAGGUCAUCCCGGAGCACUCUAGAUGGGUGGAGCUGAGCGUCAAACCAGCGGCCAAAGCUUGGACCAAAGGCAGGAACCUAGGACUGGGAGUACUGGUGGAGGACCAAGACGACAACCUCCUGAGGGCGGACAAAUACUUCAAAGGAGCAUCUUGCAUGGUUGGAACGUCCACGCCCAAGCCAAUACCCACCAUCAUCAUUGACGCCGCUAGGAAAACAAACGAACUUCACGGCAUUAAUAAGCUAUUUGGAAGAAAUUCAACGUCAACCGUUUAUAGUGAUGUACACCUGCUACCAACCAUAGACAUCUGCACUCUGGAGUUCCCCGAAAACUACACCCUGCCACCCCACGACGCCCAUCUGCGCAUCCACGCCUGCAACCUGCACAAGAGGUUCGAGCUGGCCGAACAGCUGGAGGAAAAGGAGCGGCGGGAAAGGCUGGCGGCGCUGCCGGGACUGCUGGGAACUUCCAGCAGGCACAUCCGGCACCAGAGGCAGUACCUGUCCAAUAAGAACAACGACAACGAGGCCUCCGCCAGGGAGUUCGACCCCAGGUCGAGGAUAGUGGGGGCCACGCCGCUGUUCACCCGCGACGAAUGGCAGAACUUCACGAACAGCAACAAAUUUAACUUUUCCACCGUCAACAGAUAGGUUUCGGGGAGGGACGGUUUUCGUAGAACUACAAGACUGUGCUUAGGUUUUACUGUAGCAUUUUUAAAGUAACUUAUUACGUUGAUAGAUGUGGAGGAGAGUUUAAGGUUAGGUUAGGUCUUACAGUUUUGGAUUUUAAGCAACUCAUGACAUUUCGGAGCGCAUGUUUGGAAUUUCAAGAACGGUGAGGUGACCAAAGACGUAUCCCAAAUAG